AUGAAGGGGAUACGACAGGAAAAGCUUUCGCCGGCCGGCAUAUCUGUCGUGAAUGCGAGUACGUGCUAUUUGCUCGUCAGUCGACUCCUGCUUCCCGCGUCGAGUCCACUGUUCGUUUCGUCAUUAUUGAAUGAAAAUGGAAUCGUAAAGGGUACAAAGUCAUCAAUCUACAUAGUCUUCAAUCCUGUGAAUCUGAAUGAGAACCAUCAGAGGCAUGAUACGCACGUAGUUGUAGACGGUGGACAUUUGCUUCACAAAGUACUGUGGCCUCGCAAUGCGUCUUUUGGAGAAAUUGGUUCCAGAUAUGUCCAAUACUUUCAAAUUUACUACGGCUCAUAUAUAACUGUAAUUUUCGAUGGAUCUCCGUCUGACGCAUCAGACAAAAAUACCAAGAGCUUUGCGUAG